AUGGGUAUUGUGGGGGAAACGGAGAUGGUGCUGAGCCAGCUGAUUCUCAAGUACUUCCAGAACGCGUUUCAAUCCGAGAUCUGGACGCCAGCGGUGAUUCAGCGAGUGGUCACGUUGGCAAUCCUGAUGUUGCUGAGUUUACUGGGCAACACGAUCGUCAUUGCUGUGCUGACCUGCUCACGGACCCGCUGCGCCGCCUCCCGAGUCAACGUUUUCAUUAUCCACCUGGCUAUCGGAGACCUGGCCGUGUGCCUCAUCACGAUGACGGGAGAAAUACUGUUUGAGGUGUUCGGCGAGUGGGUGCUCGGCGGGAUCGCCUGCAAGGUCGUGACCUACUCGGAGAUCGUCAGCCUCUCCUCCACCACCUUCCUCCUGAUGGUGAUGUCGUGGGACCGCUACGUCGCCAUCUGCCGCCCGCUCGACUUCACCAUCUCGGCGAGGCGCGCCAGGAGCCUCAUCUUCGGCGCCUGGUCCCUCGCCUUCGUCAUGGCCAUUCCGCACCUCUUCAUCUUCGUCCAGGUCCUGGAGGGCUACCACCCCGACGGAGCCCCGGUCUACGCGUGUCUGAGCAGAGGCUACUCGCAGGAGUGGCAGAGGAAGCUGAUGUUCACUUGGCUCACGUUCUACAUAUUGCUCCUUCCGUCCAUGGUCAUUACUUACUGCUACGUCUCCAUCGUGAGGGUGGUUUUCAGCCAGAGCAAGGACCAGCAGCUAGAAUUGUCGGGUGAGUGGGUGUCUAUUACAGAAAUGGGGGUUAUUUUUGAACGAACAAAGAAGCCAUACAGGGACUUACGUCAGAAUAGAUGGCUAUGCUGUGCUGCGGAGAUCAAUGCCGAACUCAAAGUCUCUCUCUCGGGCCAAAAUCAAGACAGUGAAAAUGACAUUCUGCAUCAUUCUGACUUUCGUGGCCUGCUGGACACCUUACUUCGUGGUGCACAAUAUCAGGAUAUGACGUCCAUCCCCCUCCACACUCUCAAUCUCCCCAGCUACAAGAUCUCGCAGCCAGUCAUUGUCUUCGCCGAGACGAUGGCUCUGCUGAAUUCAGUCUUGAACCCGAUACUCUACGGGUGUUUCAACCUCCGCCUGAAACAAGGACUCAAAGACGUCUGCUGUCGUGGGUCCUCAGCUGAGAGGAACGUCUGCAUCAACAGUGCUUUCAACUUAAGUGCGUCUCGCAGCGCGUCCACAGCUACUGUGCGAUACUACAGUUGCCGCAACUUCGUCAGAGUGUCACUACCACAUCAGCGCAGCGGCCAAAGAGUCCUUUCCUCUCACUAUGCGCAGCCGGUUCUGUCCUGCCAGCUGUGCAGCCCGUACCCCAGCCCUCGGCCUAGUCCUCGGCCCAGCCCCGUCGGUAGCCCUCGCCCGAGCUUCAGCGACGGUGUGACUCACAGCGCGCUGAUCAGGGCCAAGAGCCAUCACCUGGGAACGCUCACCUACCACGACCUACACUGCGUCACUAACUCGACCGACUGCGUUUAG